AUGUCAUCUGUUUUUGUAAUUUUUCUGAUAGAAAAUGUUCUUUUUUCUAACCAAAAUUUUAACACACUAAAUUUGCUGCUGUGUUUAUGUUAUACGAGGAUGUCUGAACUUAAAACAAACAGUGGCAAUGUGCUUUGUGGUGUUAUAGUGAGCAAAGGAUUCCAUUCAACUUGCGUGAAGAGAAUGGGAGGAGGACAUGCCCAUGCCCAUGAUGAGCCAUUUUACCUUCAUGCAAAGCACAUGUACAACCUGGACCGAAUGAAACAUCAGAAGCUGACGAUGACCCUUGGUGUCUUCACUGCCUUCAGCAUCGGUGUUGGAGUGCCAAUUUAUGCUGUCAUCUUCCAGCAAAGGAAGACAGGUUCUACAUAG